AUGAGCGCCGCCUCGUCCCUGACUUCGAGUCAGAACCUCAACGGGAUCAUCAUCCCGUCUGGUCUGCUCAUUUUUGGCACCCUGAUUGUCAAGAAGGAAUGGGCUCCAUAUGCAGUGCUUCUGGCUCUCGCCUUGGGUAGCUUCAAGUACUUCAACAACUUGCCCAAGAUUUUCCUCAAGCCCGAUACCUUCCAAGACCUCGAGCUCAAGGAGAAGACCAUUCUCUCCCACAACACCGCCAUCUACCGCUUCAACCUCCCAUCGCCGACCACCAUCCUUGGCCUGCCCAUUGGCCAGCACAUCUCGAUUGGCGCUGCUUGCCCUCAACCCGAUGGCUCCACCAAGGAGAUUGUUCGAUCCUACACUCCCAUUUCUGGUGACCACCAGCCUGGCUACAUUGAUCUCCUGAUCAAGUCGUACCCGACCGGUAACAUCUCGAAGCACCUCGCCUCCCUUGCCGUUGGUCAGAACAUCAAGGUCAAGGGCCCCAAGGGUGCUUUCGUCUACACCCCCAACAUGGUGCGCCACUUUGGUAUGGUUGCCGGUGGUACCGGAAUCACUCCUAUGCUCCAGGUUGUCAGAGCUGUCAUCCGCGGAAGAGCUACUGGUGACAAGACCCAGAUUGAUCUCAUCUUUGCCAACGUCUCCCCUCAGGACAUUCUGCUCAAGGAGGACCUCGAUGCUCUCGCCAAGGAGGACAGCGGUUUCCGCGUUCACUAUGUUCUUGACAAGCCUCCGGAGGGCUGGACUGGCGGUGUUGGCUACGUCACUGCUGACAUGAUCACCAAAUGGCUGCCCAAGCCCGCUGACGAUGUCAAGAUUCUGGUGUGCGGACCUCCGCCCAUGGUCAGUGGCCUGAAGAAGGCUACCGAGAGCCUCGGCUUCAAGAAGGCCCGUCCUGUCAGCAAGCUGGAGGACCAGGUCUUUGCUUUCUAA